ACUGCUGGGUUUGAACAGGCGCAGUUUAGGGGAAAUGAGAGGGAAGGAGGGAAAAGAGAAGGCAUGCUGUGAUUGGCUUUUUACGGUGUAUUCCGAUCUAUCUGGAGGGUUUGGCAGAAAUCCAAGCACCUCCUGACCACACCCACUCCAGGGUGUGGUAGCGUUUUCAAAUCUACACCCUUUUCAUCCGCCUAAGCUUAACCUUGUUAUUUCUCUCAUCCAAGUCUUGUUAACGUUCUUUCACAAAACUUUCUUCCAGGAAAGUCUGUGCCAGACAGAGAGCCCACUGCUCUGGCCUGAGUCAUGCCAACCCAGGCUCUGCUGCCCAUCCUGCUUCUCUGUGUUCUGCUGCUACAAGCCCAGGGAGGACCCCGUAAUAAGAACAAGAUGAAGAGUGUCAAGGCCUGUCAGAAGCGGCCCAGUGUAUAUCUUUGCAACAACCACUGUUCAUAUUUCCUAAAGUGUCCCAAUUCAGAUACCAUAUGCUGUUCAACCUACUGCGGGAACGUUUGCAUGAACCGCCUGUGAGUGGGUAUGUGUAUUCUGUUCCCCUAACCCUCUAAAACUGUGCCUGCGACCUUAAAUCCUGGGCAAAGGGCUGUCAACCUCCUCACUAUCUGGAUGGCUUUUUUUUGGACAAAUAAACCAUAACAAAU